AUCUACAAAAUCUGCCUCCCAUGCACCUUCGUCUUCAUUCCACCCAUACCAUCAUAUCGACCCACACACACAGAGAGACGGGCAUGGCCGUCAUGUUCGUGGCCAUCGUCGCCCUACUCGUUGUUGCGCCCCGAGCCGCUGGAUACCCGUGGCCGGUCUGCGGCAGCACGGGCAGCUUCGCGGCCAACGACAGCACGUACCUCGCGAGCAUCAACUCCAUGGCCGCCACUCUGCCCAGGAACGCCUCCACGUCCCCGGGCCUCUACGCCACGGCGCACGCCGGCCAGGUGUGGGCCCUCGCGCUUUGCCGCGGGGACGCCAACGCCACCUCCUGCUCCGGCUGCCUCGCGCAAGGGUUCCAGGACCUUCCCAGCGCGUGCGCCUACAGCAAGGAGGCCACCAUGUACUACGACACCUGCUUCCUCCACUACUCCAACCUCCAGCUGAGCGCCUCCGACGAUACCGCGUUCAGCUCAGCGUUCUACCUACCCUACAGCGCUAACGCCACGGAUGAGCCGGCCCGGUUCGACCGCGUCGUGGCGGCGCUGCUGAACGCCACGGCGGACUACGCCGCGUACAACUCCUCCGGGUCACGGCCGUACGCGUCCGGAGUGGUCUCAUUGGACCAGGAGUUCCCCGAGAUGUACAGCUGGGCGCAGUGCACGCCGGACCUCACGCGGGCGCGGUGCCGGGAUUGCCUCGUCAGCACGAUCCAGGCGAUGGGGAGGCCGCUGUACAGCGUCGGGGCGAGGGUUCUUGGGAUCAGGUGCGGCAUCCGGUACGAGAGCAGGCCGUUCCUUGAUGGCCCGGUGACGGUGCGCGUAGAGGCCGAUUCUGGAGCUCCGGCGCCAGCACCGACACCGCCGCUCACGCCAGCACCGGCGCCCGCGCCGGCUCUGGUGCCCAGUGCUGUGACGCCGCUCGCGGCGGUCGGAGAAGGGAGAAAAUACAGCGUUCCUGGCAUGGUUCUUAUAAUUGGGCUGGCUGCUCUAGCAGCCGCAAACCUUAUCGCUAUCUUCUUCAUCUGGAGGAGGAGGCAACGGCCAGCGGUACAAGUGAAGCAACCAUCAGACCCCAGCCGUUACUCCAGGGAGACCGAGGACAGCGAGAGUGUAGACUCGAUGCUGAUGGACAUUUCAACUCUGCGAGCCGCGACCGGAGACUUUGCGGAGAACAACAAGCUCGGCGAAGGCGGGUUUGGCGCAGUGUACAUGGUUGAAGAAACUGCAAACCAUAAUCACACCGGUACUCUUCCAGACGGCGAAGAGAUCGCGGUGAAGAGGCUGUCCAAGGGCUCCACGCAAGGAGUGGAUGAGCUGAUGAACGAGCUCGCCCUGGUCGCAAAGCUCAAGCAUAAGAAUCUUGUCAGGCUUGUGGGCGUCUGCCUGGAGCAGCAGGAGCGGCUACUCGUCUAUGAGUUUGUCCCCAACAGGAGCCUCGACCAGAUCCUAUUCAUAGACGUUGAGAAGAAACGAGAGCAGCUUGACUGGGGACAGAGGCUAAGGAUCAUACGCGGGAUCGCCCGAGGCCUGCAAUACCUCCAUGAGGACUCCCAGCUCAAAGUAGUCCAUCGUGAUCUCAAAGCCAGCAACGUCCUUCUCGAUGUCGACAUGAACCCCAAGAUAUCGGACUUUGGCCUCGCCAGGCUCUUCGAGCGAGGCCAGACGCAGGGCAUCACCAACCGUGUCAUCGGCACAUACGGAUACAUGGCACCGGAGUACAUGAUGCGCGGGAAGUACUCUGUGAAAUCGGAUGUGUUCAGCUUCGGGGUCAUGGUUCUAGAGAUCGUGACGGGGAGGAAGAACAAUGACACCACGCAAUCUGACGAUCUCUUGACCAUGAUAUGGGAGCAUUGGACGUCCGGAACGGUGUUGGAGAGGAUGGACCAAAGCAUGGACAACAGCUUCUCAGAGAGCGAUGUGAUGAGGUGCAUCCAGGUUGGGCUCCUGUGCGUCCAGGAGAACCCGGUGGACCGGCCGGUGAUGUCGGAGGUGGGCAUGAUGCUUGAAAGUGACAUGGUUUCUCUCGGUCCCCCAUCAAAGCCGGCCUCCGGAAAGGGUUUUGGUAUGACGCCCACCAUUCGAAUGAGUGAUGGUCCCCAAGAUCAGCCUAUUUACUGAGCCAUAAAUUCUCCUUCAUGUAUUUCCUACGCAACAAAAGUGCCUUUUGGUCUUAAGCUCUCUUUUCUUGAUCCUAUUAUAUCUCCUCUUUCCCUGUACCCUUUAACUUCUAAUAAGAACAUAUGAUAUUCUUGCC